AUGGCCCAGAGUUUCACUGCCAAAAAUAUACACACAAAGCUAGAUGAGUUGUCUAUCGAUUCACAGCAGAAUAACAAGUUGUCUCCCGAGAAGGGAUCUGGAGGGAUUUCAACUAAAUCUCUUCUAUCAUCGUCUUUAGCGGGUGAGAACCUCCAGAACACUUUUAAUGACCAAAAUGGCGUGUAUUUCAAUUCAGAAAGAUUUACAGAUGAUCAUCCAGAGCCAGAGCUAUUAGCAACCUCGGUGGGGAAAGAACUCGAUGGUAGAUUAAUUCCCUCAUCUUCUACAAUUUCGCUUUUGUCCUUGAACAAUAACUCUUUGCAGGAAACAUAUCAAAAUAGCAAGCCGACACAUUAUCAACAGCAGCAGCAGCAGCAGCAACAACAACAACAACAACAACAACAACAACAACAACAGCAGCAGCAGCAGCAGCAGCCUACGCCACACCAGUUUCUUGAUCGAAAGAAUUCGUUCAACACACUUAUAUCGCGCAACUCAAUUACGCAUUUGAGCCAACAAAGACUUCAACCGUACCUGAAAUUGACAUCUCCCAGCAUUCCAUCUAAUCCUGAGUUUUACAACACUACAAGCCCUAAAACUAUACCUGUGGUUAGAAAUCCAGUGUAUCAAAAUGCACCUGAUUCGCCCAAUCUAGACCCAACUUCGAUUGGUGGGUCUCCCUCACGAUUUUGGUUGAGCUCGCAAACCCCACCAAAAUCUUUAUCAAGCUCUCUUACGAUGACUCGUCCUCAAGUUGGCUCUUUACAACAGCAACAACAACACCAAAAUCAAACACUCGUAAACAAUCAAGUCCAUGGUAAUGUUGUAUCCACAAAUUCAGUUUCUAAGGCUAUUAACAUCAAGAAUUCAGGAGGUGACUCUCCUGUUUUGAUCCCCGUACAGACCCCGAUUGAAGAUUUACCCAUGACUCCAUUGUACUUGAACUCGGAUAAAAAUAGUUACUUUGUAUUCACUAAAGACAGUCACGGAAGUACGCGACAUAGCAAAGAUUUCAGAUACAGAAAGGAUAUUGGUGAUGAUUAUCUUGACGAGAAAGAUGAAUGUGACUAUAAUGAGGAAGAAGACCAAAAGGAUAUCAAUAUGGACUGA